UAGCAGCGGCUGUGUGAUAGUCCGUCAGCAGCAGCCAGCGGAGCGCAGCGGAGCUCAGCGUCCGUUUCCAGUUUUCUUAAAUCAGACCCCUCCAGCCUCGACAUACCGCCCCCAAUUUCAGCCUCGGUACGGAGCCGCCAGGCCGGGACAGAGACGGAGAGAGAGGCCUCGGCCAUGGAAGCUCUCGGACCAGGCCCGCCUGCCCCCGCCUCUCUCUUCCAGCCUCCGCGGCGUCCCGGCCUCGGCACGGUGGGGAAACCCAUCCGGCUCCUCGCCAACCACUUCCAGGUGCAGAUCCCCAAGAUUGACGUCUAUCACUACGACAUCGAGAUCAAGCCGGAGAAACGGCCCCGCCGGGUCAACAGGGAGGUGGUGGACACCAUGGUGCGGCACUUCAAGAUGCAGAUCUUUGGAGACCGGCAGCCGGGCUACGACGGGAAGAGGAACAUGUACACGGCCCAUCCGCUGCCUAUCGGACGGGACCGGGUGGACCUGGAGGUGACACUGCCAGGAGAGGGGAAGGAUCAGACCUUCAAGGUGUCGCUGCAGUGGGUGUCUGUGGUCAGUCUGCAGAUGCUGCUGGAAGCUCUGUCGGGUCACCUGAACGAGGUUCCGGAGGAUUCUGUUCAGGCUCUGGACGUCAUCACGCGCCACCUGCCCUCCAUGAGGUACACUCCUGUGGGACGCUCCUUCUUCUCUCCUCCUGAGGGCUACUACCACCCCCUGGGUGGAGGCAGGGAGGUGUGGUUCGGCUUCCACCAGUCCGUCCGACCCGCCAUGUGGAACAUGAUGCUCAACAUCGACGUGUCGGCCACCGCUUUUUACCGCGCCCAGCCCGUCAUCGAGUUCAUGUGCGAGGUGCUGGACAUCCAGAACAUCAACGAGCAGACCAAGCCGCUCACGGACUCGCAGAGGGUCAAGUUCACCAAGGAGAUACGAGGUCUGAAGGUGGAGGUCACCCACUGCGGGCAGAUGAAGAGGAAGUACCGCGUUUGCAACGUGACGCGCCGACCGGCCAGCCACCAAACGUUCCCGCUGCAGCUGGAGAACGGCCAGGCCAUGGAGUGCACCGUGGCGCAGUACUUCAAACAGAAGUACAGCCUGCAGCUCAAGUACCCCCACCUGCCCUGCCUGCAGGUGGGACAGGAACAGAAGCACACCUACCUUCCUCUGGAGGUCUGUAACAUCGUGGCGGGUCAGCGCUGCAUCAAGAAGCUCACAGACAACCAGACGUCCACCAUGAUCAAAGCUACGGCUCGCUCAGCCCCCGACAGGCAGGAGGAGAUCAGCCGCCUGGUCAAAAGCAACAGCAUGGUCGGGGGCCCGGACCCCUACCUGAAGGAGUUCGGCAUCGUCGUUCACAACGACAUGACGGAGGUGACGGGGCGUGUCCUCCCUGCGCCCAUGCUGCAGUAUGGGGGCCGGGUGAGUACAGACACAGGGAGGGACUGUGGCAGGGUGAGUACUGGGCAGGGGCUGCACGGGGUGGGGGGGCAGUGGAGGCUGAAUGCUAGUUUUCAGGUUUUAAUGAUGUUAAAUGUUUGUUGUGGGAGGAAACGUUCUGAGGAAACCUUCCUCUGUCCCUCCAGGAGCUUCACCGACCAGCUGAGGAAGAUCUCAAAGGAUGCUGGGAUGCCCAUCCAGGGUCAGCCAUGUUUCUGUAAAUACGCCCAGGGCGCCGACAGCGUGGAGCCCAUGUUCAAACACCUCAAGAUGUCCUACGUGGGUCUGCAGCUGAUCGUUGUCAUCCUCCCUGGAAAAACGCCCGUCUACGCUGAGGUGAAGCGUGUGGGAGACACUCUCCUCGGCAUGGCCACGCAGUGCGUCCAGGUGAAGAACGUGGUGAAGACGUCCCCCCAGACUCUGUCCAACCUCUGCCUGAAGAUCAACGCCAAGCUGGGAGGCAUCAACAACGUCCUGGUUCCUCAUCAGAGGCCCUCCGUCUUCCAGCAGCCCGUCAUCUUCCUCGGCGCUGACGUCACUCAUCCUCCUGCAGGCGACGGAAAGAAGCCGUCCAUCGCGGCGGUGGUGGGAAGCAUGGACGGUCAUCCCAGCCGCUACUGUGCGACGGUCCGGGUCCAAACGUCCCGGCAGGACAUGUCCCAGGAGCAGCUCUUCAGUCAGGAAGUGAUCCAGGACCUGACCAACAUGGUGCGGGAGCUCCUCAUCCAGUUCUACAAGUCGACGCGCUUCAAGCCCACGCGGAUCAUCUAUUACCGCGGCGGCGUGUCUGAGGGGCAGAUGAAGCAGGUGGCGUGGCCCGAGCUGAUCGCCAUCAGGAAGGCCUGCAUCAGUCUGGAGGAGGACUACCGGCCCGGGAUCACCUACAUCGUGGUCCAGAAGCGCCACCACACCCGCCUGUUCUGCUCUGACAAAGCUGAGAGGGUCGGGAAGAGCGGGAACGUUCCGGCAGGAACCACGGUGGACAGCACCAUCACUCACCCGUCCGAGUUCGACUUCUAUCUGUGCAGCCACGCCGGCAUUCAGGGAACCAGCCGCCCCUCCCACUACCACGUCCUCUGGGACGAUAACUGCUUCACGGCCGACGAACUGCAGCUCCUCACCUACCAGCUGUGCCACACCUACGUCCGCUGCACGCGCUCCGUCUCCAUCCCAGCCCCCGCCUACUACGCCCGGCUGGUGGCCUUCAGGGCCCGCUACCACCUGGUGGACAAGGACCACGACAGCGCUGAAGGCAGCCAUGUGUCGGGUCAGAGUAACGGCCGGGACCCCCAGGCGCUGGCGAAGGCCGUCCAGAUCCACUAUGACACGCAGCACACCAUGUACUUCGCCUGAACGUCUCUCCGCUUCCCGUGGAUCUUCUUCGCUCUCCUCUCUUCUUCAUCUCUUUAUUUUCUGCACCAAAGCGGCUCGGCCGAUGGAGGGGGGGGUGCCGGCCGAGCCGCCUGUUCUCAACCAGCAAUCUAGCACUGCGGGCCCCGCAGGGGCCCCGAUGCACAACUGAAAAAACAAAAACAAACCCCACACCCCCCACGACCCGUCGAGCCAUUGAUUCUCGUUUGUUUUUGUUUUUUCCUCGAUGAAUGUCUGCGUUUGUCAGAAACUCUGAGCCGCGGAGCGCCGUCGCCUCCUCGGCUCUCCCAGCUAAGCAGGACUCUGAUCUACUUUACCUCAAGGCCCCUCGGGGCCAAAUCUGUCACAAGGUCUGGGGUUUGUCGGGUGGGUGGGAG